AUGCGUCUUCGGCACGUGUGUACACAUGCCAACCACAUAAGAUCUUGCCUUUUAAGUGAAGAGGAGGACCUGGAGCUGGAUGAAGAGAAUGUAACGGCUGCUCAGUGUGGAUCUGUGCCUCAACCUCUGUCUCAGGGUUUAUAUAUUAUCGAACAGAGGAUCGACUCUAUCUCAUAA